AUGAACUUAAGUUUAAUUACACCUGCCACAGCUGGAAUGAAAGUCGACCAAAUAGAGUUUCGUUUGAUGCAAAUGGUCAAGAUUGUUGUUACUAUAAGUUUGUUGUCAAUUCAAAUUAUUAACACUUCGAAGGAAGUACCAUUAAGCCUCAACUUGAAAAGACCAGUUAUAAUAUGUGGUCCAUCUGGAUGUGGUAAAAGCACAUGCAUUAGAACACUUAUCAAUAGAUAUCCAAAUCUCUUCCGCUACUGUGUAUCACAUACAACUCGACCUAGACGACCGGAUGAAAUUCACGGAAGAGAUUAUAACUUUAUUUCGAGUGAAGAAUUUCAAGAUGCUGUAAAUAAAGAUGAAUUCAUUGAGUAUGCAAUGUUUUCUGGCCAUUACUAUGGAACAAGUAAAGCUGAACUGAAAAAGCAGAAAUGGAGCAACGUAAGUUUUGCAAUACUUGAGAAGAGAUUAAGAUCUCGUUCUACAGAAAGUGAAGAUCGAAUACUUCAACGUUUAGCAGUUGCACACCAGGAAAUGCAGUAUGGAAUAUCUGAAGGAAAGUUUGAUGCUGUUAUUGUGAAUGACAGUGUAGACAAAAUGAUAAAAGAAGUAGUCGACGUAUUAAAACAGACAUAUUUGAGAUAGACUGAAUAAGAGUUAUUAAAUGACCAGCAGAUAUGCAAAACUUGACGUAAAAUAGCAGAUUGAAAACAGAAGAUGUUUUUCACAGGUGUCUGAAAGUAUCUCAAGUUUAUUCUGUUUAUUCGUAGUGCUGAACAGCUUUAUUUCCGUGACGAAAAUAAAUUUAUUAUGAAUCAUUUUAUUUUCAGAAAUAUGACUGACAGUAGUAUGGAAAAAUAUUCUCCUAUGCCCUUGGAAGACAGUUAUUUUUGCAGGGACAUCAUCUUCACUGGACAUAACUAAAACUUUUGAAGCAACCAGCCACUCAGAUUUAUCGGUUGGUGUAAACAGUAUCUCAGAAAUGACAGCCAGGUCUUUAAAUCUUUGAAGGAUACUGUAAGCAUUCACUUCAUAUUAUUAAACUUGUACUUAUGUGUUGGCUGCACUGUGUUGUCUCUACGCUUGCUCGUGUACAUCUGACAGAUACCGUUUUCUUCCUAUGCUAAUUUAAUAGUUCCAACAGUUUGGGGAGAAACUACGCACUGUGACAGAAUGUAAUUCCGUAUUAGGUUUGUUUAUUUAAUACAGCACACAGAUAUACUAUUGUUUACUCAUUAAGUAUGCUGCGUCAAAUAAUGAUUUGAAUGCUGACUCACCUAAUAAGUAUAUUCGGGAUAUAAUUGUAAGAUGCAUACUGAAUGUUCAGUUUUUAUUAACUAGUGAACUAGCAAUAUUGUUACCACUCCAUAUCCUACAUGCUGAAUAUUUCAUGGUUCUUUUAAAGUCGAGUAUCCUUCAGAUGAUUAUCAAUUCGCGGCAUACAGAUGAUACAGAAAACAUUUUGUCUCAUAAAAGUUAAGUAACUGAUUUAAAUAAGAUUCUCGAAAUAUUCAACGAUUUUCAUCUAGCGAUUAGUAUUACUUUGGAAGUCAAGUAGGAGUGUGAGCUUGACGUCUAGGUGAGUGACUGCCAGCAAGAAGAAAUAAGUCGAUUCAAAGAUCAAUACGCCACAAAAGUGAAUGGAGCAGGGAGUCUUUGAACUCCUACAAUUUUAUUCCCAUGAGUAGAAAAAAUCCGACCACCUCUUUGGCAAAGAAAAGUAACCAGAAUUUCACGAAAGAGACGUUCCAUAGAGAAAUUGAGUCUUUUUGAAUAAAAUCUGAUUCAGAAUGAAUACCCGACCUUAUUAAUUGCCAAAGGUAUGGGGAAAUAAGCCUGAGUUUUCCCAACUUAGUGCGGGUCAGAAUGUGACUCUGUCUGUAUCAGUUUUGAUUAGCUUGCUUUCAAAAGCAUCUCCGAAUCUUAACAUCUUCAUAUGUGUUCUCUUUCGUGAAAUAAUCAAAGAUUAGUUCCUUUUGUUAGCCACUUCUGUAUGUCUAUAUAAAUUUGUUUAUUCCUAUGAAGCUAAGUACGUAGGUUGCAGGAGAAUGGCAUUUUGAAAGCCUUCCCACUACCAUUCAUUUACACGGCUGUUAUGAAGAGAAAAACAAGUCAGUGGGCACUACCAUUUUGGAACACAUCGUUUAUCACUACAUCUGUACAGAAUUCUUUCGACAAGAUGAGACCAAGCCAUCCAAAGGACUAUGAUUACAUCUUUGCAAGAUAGAGGCCCCAGCUAUUUAAUGAUAAAAUACUGAACUCAGUAUAUUUAAAUGCUCGGUUACGUCUCUUUAGCUACCAUAACCGUAGCUGUAUACAUUUCUGAAUUCUUUCUAAUAAUUUUCUCAAACAAUCUACCUUCUUUUCCCUUGUUACACUUACACUCUAUUACUUCGAAUGUUUCUCAAUCCCAUGUGAAUAAAAUUCCUGUUUCAAAUCCUCGAUCAAGCAAAAGCCUGUGAGACUUUGUUUUCGAAGUGUAUUUCAUAUGCACUUUCUCCAGGAAUAACACAAAAUCGAAGAGAAUCACAAUAUGUGAAGCAUUCCGUUGGUAAUGAAAAUAAGUAGUUUUGUUGGAUGACUAGUUGCAGUGGGAUGUACAGUUGACACUAACUUCUAUUUGCUAUACUAUAUUCACAUCAUUUCUGAUUGUUCAGAAUCCAGAAAGCAGCUUAAAUAUCUUUCUUGUUUUGUGAAAACAGUCAACAUUCUCUGAUUAACUUAUAUACAGGAAUGAGUGAAGACCAGUGUCGAGAUUCAUGAAAUCCACACUUCUUACUGUUGGUUUUCUAAUACUUAACUUUAUCAGUCUUCGCUUGAAGUCAUAUAUUUUCAGUUUCUACUUGACAGAUAAACAAAUUGAAUUAUUUGAAGUUUGGGCGACUUCUGGAAAACUGUAACUUUCCAUCCGUUAUUUAUUUCCAGAGUGUCUGUCUGUUAGAAUCCUAUAAAAGGUUUAUUAAUCAUACUUCAUGGACAUAUGUUAUCUGAGUACCUGUUCUGCCUCCGGUUACAAUAUCCCAUUACAUCUAAUCCCAUCAAAAGUAAUUCCUAAAUGGGUUAUGCUAAGUGCUUUUAAUAAAAUUGCUAAUGUUUUAUUAUAGAAUCAAAUUUAACAAUAAUUUAUGGUAAAAAAAAAGUAAAGUUUAACUCAAUAAUUCAUUAGAUAUUCAUAAAAAGACUCACAAAGCAAAGUUUAGUUUUGAUUGUGACUCCGCUGUCCUAAAUAGACAAAAUUAAUAUCUGGAACUAUGAAAUCAAAGUUUAGCAUGUUCAAAACUGCUGUUAAUUAUCAUUGAUUAUUCACGCUUUAUUAUUAUCAGAUGAUUUUGUAGAGUAAAUCAGCAGUUCAAUAGAGAUUCUUCCAUUUCUGCACCUAAACAUUAUCAAUAAAAGUAGAUGCCCAAGUUGGUUGUUUUUCUGAGUUAUACAAAUCCCUUUUUUUGUGCUGUCAGAAUUAGCAGAACAUAGGCAUCGGCUGCACAGCUUUCUUAAAUUUUAAACGGAUGUGAUUCAGGCUAGUAAAAUGUUAGUUAUACAUGCAAAUUGUUAAC